AUGGAUAACGACGGUAUAGAAUUAAGUGAUGAAGAAGAAAUCACGGCACAAACUGUACUUAGAACUUUGCAAAAUGCCUGGCAAAACGAACGCUUGGCGCCAGAAAUCCUUCCACAUCAAAAUGAUAUGGUUGAAUGUAUGUUAGGACAAAUACAACACAUGGAGCGAAAUAUUAAUAAACUACCUAAAACUGACUUUCGGGCUUCAAUCCAUAAAAUGGAGUUAAACAGAAUAAAAUUUAUCAUUUGUAAUUAUCUUAAAACUAGACUAUACAAAAUAGAAAAGUAUUGCAUUUCUAUAUUAAAUGAUGAAAAACAACGACUGGAGUCGGGCACUAAUUAUUUAACACACUCUGAGUACAAAUACGCACAAGAAUAUUUAUUAAACAUGGAAAAUCACUUAAAAACAACAGCUUUAAAUCAAGUUCCAGGCAAUAUGCAAACAUUUGACUUAAAUAAAUUAGUCAUUUAUCCCAAUUUACAAUCUCAUGUAUUUCUAAAAGCCAAUGAGACAGUUACAGGAAUUGUAUUAGAGGACUUAUCAGGUGACCAAGAUGAAGAAAUAGAUUUAGAAGAGGGUUCACAACAUAUUUUACAAUACAAACCAAUAGCUGAUUUAGUUAAAAAUGGGAAAGUACAACUUGUAUGA